AUGCAGAGUAGCGUGACACGCCAUAAUGACAAACAGCAGCUGGACCUAUACCUGUGUCUGCUGGCAGAUAAAGUCUGGACCCCAGAGAUCCUUGUAACAAAUGGAAUAACAACAACUAUGACGCACAGCUCCCGUGAACUGCUGGUAAGCAGUAAUGGCACACUGCAGCACUCUGUGAUCAUAAAUGCAAAGGUGGACUGUGAAGUCAACCUGUUCAACUAUCCCUUCGCUAGUGAUGAAUGCCCUGUCGCGAUUCAAAGCUGGUCCAAGGAAAACUGUGGUACAGAGCUGGUAUUCGAUCAGUUGAAGAUGGUUGAUGGUAGCCAUGGAGAUUGGCAAACUGACUAUGUGGAGUUUCAGAAAAAGGGAGAUGACCGUAAUUACAUCAUGGUGUCAUUGAGCAUUAAGUUUAGCAACCCCUUCAUAACGCUACUGCUGCCCAGCAUUCUGAUCGUCUUGGCUGAUGUGGUCAGCUUCGCUCUGCCGCUGGGAGGUGGUGAACGCAACUCUUUCAAGGUCACUCUGGUGCUCAGCUUCACCAUGUUCCUCAUCAUCCUCAACAAUGUGCUCCCCGGAGACAGUUCCUGCAGCCCCAUCAUCCGAUCCCACUUCUGUGUUUGUCUGGUCCUCUUGGUGUUGAGCAUGCUUGUGUCCAUGGUGCUUACACGGUUGGCCAAAGACGGCAGCUUCAUCUUCUGCUGCUGCAACAAAGGAUUAGUCCCAGAAACCACAGCAGACAACGACGAUGAGGCUUCAAUCCCUACAGAAGUCAAAGCUGACAUUAGUGUGGAUCAGACGAGCGGCUCAGAGGAGAACAGUCAAAUGCUCAGAAAGGUGGUCAACUUCCUGGAAGCUAUUGACGCAGAGACACUGAAAAGGGAGAAAUAUGAGAUGUUUGCCAACAAAUUGGACCAGACAUUUUUCUGGUUUUAUUUGAGUUUUGGCACCGUGUACUUUAUUGCCAUGACAUGUGUGAUGUUCGUCCGUGUGUUAGCAUAG